UGGGUGCCGUGUGAGUGUGUUGUUGCUGAUGGUGCGGCUUCAUUUAAGUUUUUCACUUCGUUGUUGUCGCGUUGCCGCCGCGAAUUGUCUGAAAACUUUCCUACUGUUUCUUCAAUUCGGUCGAUAAUGCCAAAGCACUGUGUUUAAGCCGUCACAUUCGAGUAUAAUAUUCAACAAUCAGUUCUAAUUAAUAGUGUAACCACAACAAUAAGAGCAAGAGAGCAAUACAAAAUAUUAAAAUGGGACAAAAAGUGUCGCGCACCGACUUCGAAUGGGUUUAUACGGAAGAACCGCAUGCCUCACGUCGCAAAAUUAUACUCGAGAAAUAUCCACAAAUCAAGAAACUGUUUGGUCAUGAUCCGAACUUUAAAUGGAUUGCCGGCGCAAUGGUGUUGACCCAAAUACUGGCGUUGUUCAUUGUCAAGGACUUGUCGUGGCCCUGGCUGUUAGUGUUGGCCUAUUGCUUUGGCGGCAUUCUGAAUCAUUCACUCAUGUUGGCGGUGCACGAAAUAUCGCAUAAUCUUGCCUUCGGCCACAGCCGCCCCAUGCAUAAUCGGAUCUUGGGCUUCAUUUGCAAUCUGCCCAUAGGACUGCCGAUGAGCAUAUCGUUUAAAAAAUAUCAUCUCGAGCAUCAUCGCUAUCAAGGCGACGAGGUGAUUGAUACAGAUAUCCCAACGCUACUGGAGGCCCGAUUGUUCGACACAACCUUUGGCAAAUUCAUGUGGGUGUGUCUGCAGCCCUUCUUCUACAUUUUCCGUCCGCUGGUGAUCAACCCAAAGCCACCGACACGCCUGGAGAUCAUCAAUACGAUCAUCCAGUUGACAUUCAAUGCUGCCGUCGUCUACUUUAUUGGUUGGAAGGCGAUGGCCUAUCUGAUACUCGGCUCGAUUCUAGCCAUGGGACUGCAUCCGGUGGCGGGGCAUUUUAUAUCCGAGCACUAUAUGUUUGCCAAGGGAUUUGAGACGUACUCGUAUUAUGGCCCACUCAAUUGGAUCACCUUCAAUGUGGGCUAUCACAACGAGCAUCACGAUUUUCCGGCUGUGCCUGGCUCUCGGCUGCCGGAGGUGAAGCGCAUCGCCAAGGAGUUCUACGAGACGAUGCCACAGCACACCAGCUGGACACGUGUGCUGUACGAUUUUGUGAUGGAUCCCUCUGUGGGUCCAUACGCGCGUGUCAAGCGCCGACAGCGCGGAUUGGCCUCCUAAAGUGGCCGCAUCAACGAUUUUACUAACGGUUUCCUGGCAUUAUGUAAUCUCAGCGUUUAGACCUAGAAGCACAAGCACAGUAACAACAAACAGGAAAUAAGCGAAUGCAAAUGAGAAAUGCCUGCUAAAUUCUGUCCUGCUUAUUUUUGGACAGCGAACGCACUGGAUGAUUAUAAAACGUAUUUUUUUCAUGUGUAAGCUUAUAUGAUAUGAUAUGUAUGUAAAGCUUAGUUGGCAAGGCAAUUGUUAAGCGCUAUUAUAAACUAUUAUUGUUACCUCAAAACACUUAAUUGAUGGCCUGUUAAACGUAGUAUGUAAAUUGUCUCCUAUAUUUAGUGUUUUCUAAAUAUGUAUAUUUAUAAAUUUGUGCGCCUAAAUGCAGCUGUAAACAGUACUAAACUAAACUAUACACUAUAUAUACUGUAAACUGUGAACUUUACACUAUUUUUGAUAGCCUCUUGUAACUGAUAAAUGAUAAACAGAUACCAAAAAGAAAACCAGAUGAAAAUGAAACCAACUGCACGCGGCGUUUAGCUCUAAUAACAAUAAACAAUAAUAAUAAUAAUUGUAUACUAUACUCGUAUGUGUAUGUAAUAAAAUGAAAAACAAAAAAAAAAAAAUCAAAUUUUCUUUAAACAAAUUGUUCAAUCAACUCAAUUAGGGCCUUUUGCUUUGAUUGUUUUCGGGUUUCGUGUCAUGUGAAUCGCUGUGGCAACAUGCAGCUCUGGCUCUAAUUGCCGUAGCCAUUCCUGAUAAUGAUGUGCAUGAUAAGACCCGUCAAUAUAUAUAUAUAUACUCGGAGUAUGCCAUAACAAAACCCCACUAAACUCGCAACGGUUACGCCACAAGCUACACGUUCUCAAUUACGAUAUUGACCAAACCGCACCGGACGCAGCUCCCUCCGUAUCAGGUGUUAUUAAGCCUCCUCAAAUGAUUGAAUGCAAUCAGAAUUGUGAAAAAAAAAUUCAAAGAGUUUAUAGCCUACAAUAACAGCACAGCAAAUAUUCCAAGUACCUAGCGAGUUUUGAUAAUAUUCUUUCCAAUCUCUCAUUUUGUUAUUAUAAUAUUUAUAAAGUUUGCCAGCAAACUGUUCUGAAUUUUGCAAAUACAAAAUAUAUCUUCUUGCUGACGAUACUUUUCAGUAUCUAUGUGCACUAUUUUGUUUAGCAUAUCGAACUUAAAACUCAAGAUACUUGAGCCCCUCUUCAUACUACACACCCAACUCAAUUUGGUUGUUGGGUUUUAUUACUCACGGUCUUGUUGACGCACUUAACUGAAAUUCCUUCGAAAAGUACUCAAUAUUUUCCACGCACUUACUUUGAGAGAGACUGUUUACCUGUUCAACAGAGCCAGGAGAUAGCAGUUUCAGCCUAAAUACGUUAUCAGUUCCAGGUGUUACCUAUUAGUCUAGCCCAAAAGUUAACCAACCACCACGCACACCUGUUUAACAGUCAAAACAAAAAGCAGUCAAAGGUGCAGUGACUAAUCGAGAAUCAGUCAUUGGCAUGUUGCACGUGUCUUUGCAGGCGUAGGUCGUUCAUCGUCGUUGAUGCCCCACGCAAGUCAACAACAUGCCGAUAAGUCGCUGGUAUUCCAACGAUUACUAAUCGUAGUCAAAAUUAGUAACACAGUAGGAAUCUAAUCAAAACUCUCUUGCUGACUACAUCUAAAAAUACAAAUGACAUUUAAUUGUUUGAUUAAUUGACUGAAUUCAUGUUUAAAUAAAAUACAUUGUGAUCUCCACGAUUUUUUUUAAAUACUAUGUAUAUAUAAUUUAUUUAUAUAAUAGAAUUACAUAUUGUGGGGGAUCGCUUGAAGGAAAAUAGGAGUGAUAGGGGUUUAUUUGUUGGGUAUUGAUUGUGGGGUUCGUUGAAAGAAAUCGUACAGUUUUAGCUUAAUCAAAUAAAAUGGUUGCUCCUUAAUAUGGUAAGGUAUUUUGUUUUCUUUUCUUUACUUAUUUUUUGUCUGGGGCUGUGUUGUAUGGUGAAAACCCACUCGUAGUUUUAUACACGCUUAAAAAAUGAUUUUACAAAGUGUUUUUCUAUCGCAUAAUUCUAAGCAUUUUCUUCUUUGCUUUUUUUUUUUUGUUUUUGUUGUACGUUGAGAAGUGGUGUUAUUUUGUUUUGCAUUUUUUUUUUUUAGUUUUUAUUUGUUUUUGUUUCAAGUUGCUCUUAUUACUCUUGUUCUCUAAUCAGCUUACUAAAUUUUAAUUAAAAAUUAUACAUUUCUUGUUUGUUUUUUUUUUUUAUUAUUAUUAUUUCCACUUGUAUUUAAAUAUAAACUUAACAUUAGGGUUGCAAUUUAUUUAUAUUAAUAUGUUUUAUGAUCUUUUGUUUUAUCAACAAGUUUUUGUGUUUUGUUUUUUUUUAGUUUAAACUUGGUUUUUAUGCUACAAGAUUUGUUGUUAUUGGAUUUUGUAGGAAAAACAAAUAAAGAAAACAUAGAUGAAAAUUACAUCGCG